CUUUUCGCCCUCCUCUUUGUCGAAACGCUCUCACGGCGCAUGCGCAGCCCGGGAAGUUCUUUCUGGUUCUGAGGCUUGGUCCACGCGGGUGUUUUGCAGCCUUGGUUGGCAGCGGCUGCGAUGCUCUUCUACUCAUUUUUCAAGUCCCUGGUAGGGAAGGAUGUGGUGGUCGAGUUGAAGAAUGACCUGAGUAUAUGUGGGACCCUACACUCCGUGGACCAGUAUUUGAAUAUCAAGCUCACAGACAUCAGUGUGACAGAUCCGGAGAAAUACCCUCACAUGUUGUCUGUCAAGAACUGCUUCAUCCGUGGCUCUGUCGUCCGCUAUGUCCAGCUGCCGGCCGAUGAGGUCGAUACGCAGCUGCUGCAGGAUGCGGCGCGCAAGGAAGCCCUUCAGCAGAAGCAGUGAAGGUUUCUCCUCUUGUCUAUCCUGCACUGCCUGAUCCUGCCCGAGAAAGAGUUGGAGGACAUGGGAAGGCCAUAGCCAGCUCCUUUUCUGGAGGGAACCAGCUACACUCUGUCUGUCUGUGUGUGUGUGUGUGUGUGUCCGUCCGUCCGUCCGUCCGUCCGUCCAUCCAUCCAUCCAUGCAUCCUGUUGGGUGAAAGAAUGUGAUUCCAUCUUGGGUUUUGUUUGGUUUUGUGUCCCUAGUGAAGGCAACAAAUGUGUUCUUUUUGCUGAAAAAGGGCAGCAUUUUUUUUUUAAACUUUAGAGCCAGUAGCACAAUUCUUCCCCUCCCCUCUACACACAAACUACUGUCUUUUUCAGCAUUUCAUUUCUUAUAUGGCACUGUUUUGUGGUCAGAAUCUCCUUUUAGCGAAGAGCUAACAUUUCCAUCUCAUCUUUAAAAUCAUGGUUCAGCCUUCCUUAUUCCCAUCCUGGUGCCCUCUAGAUGUGCUGGACUAUACCUUCCAUCAUCCCCAGCCAGAAUGACUUUUGGUGCCCUUCAGCUGUGUGACACUAUCAGCAAUGCUGGCUAUAGCGAUGGAAGUUAUAGUGUUGAAGGAGGCCACUGUGCAAGUAAAUGGAAAGCGACACUUCCUUUAGGCACGAAAUCGACAAUGCAGGCAGAUGCUUUCCUAUGCAGAACUCCCAAGGAGUGGUGUGUCAGCUUUGUCCAUUCGCGAUCAGCCCUUUCCAGGUUUUUCCUGCUCAAAUGCAGUGGAGCUAAUGCCAGUCAGCAUCUGCACUGCUUAGUUUGUUCUCCCACAUUAGUGAGAAUCACACGUAUUGCUUUUGCAGCAGGUGUGUAAGAAACAGGCAAUUCUACUACUUUUGCUCUGUGACGUAAUUCCAUCCAGCGUCCUCAUGGGCUUACCUGGUACUACUGCUGUGUUCUCUUUGGUCACCAGAGGGUGCUCUGGGUCCAACUCCCCUGCCCUUGAAACCAAACCUCCAGUUUUGACCUCUGCACUGGUUUUGUUGCUGCAAAGACUGAAGCAGCUUCACAUUACAUUUCUGACAUUUUGUUAUUAGGGGGUGGGUGGAUCUGCUUUUUUAAAAAAAGACUUUUCACAGAAGUAAUGUGGAGGAAUAAAAUAUUAAGUUAGAAAGAUGGUGGCUAAGGGCUGGUCUCGGCAUGUAUCAUUUUGCUGAAAAAAAUAAAAUCACAGUUCUAUAUA